AUGGGGAAUCGAAUAAUGCAUCGCAUGGAUGGAGGGAUGGAUGAGAAAGGAGGAAGCAACAGCGAGGGAACGGAAGGGGCGGGGUUGCCUGUAUUGCUGAUUCUGGGCAAGGCGCUGCGCAUCGUGCUGACGUACGCCAGGGACGAGAAUCUGGGGGCUCUGGGCGGCAAGGAGGCGGUGCGGCUGUUGCUGCACCACGUGCAGGCAGCGGUGUCAGAGGCGAUCCUCUUUGGCCUCGUGCGCUGCAAGCGCCCCCUCAACUGCACCUCCUGCCCCGCCCACGCCGCCGCCGCUGCUGCCAAGGUUGCACCCUCUGCUGCGCCUGCCGCUGCUGAGUAG